AGAGUUGAGGUAAUAAAGACGGUGAGUUGAGUUAUCAGUUGCCAGCAGCUGGUCCGGGAAGAUGGCCGCCUCGCUCGCCUCCCUCGCCCGCAGGACUAUCGUCACCACCGUCCGUAACGCCGCCUCUGGGGGCGCGGCAGGACACGCACACGAUGGUGGAACUAAGCAGUGGAAGAUGGUGUCCCUUCUAGUUGCUUUACCUGCUAUUGGACUGUGUAUGGCAAAUGCAUUCCUUGGUACAGAGCAUGAACACAGGCCAGAAUUCAUCCCCUAUGAACACUUGCGUAUUCGCACAAAGCGCUUCCCUUGGGGUGAUGGCCAGAAGUCACUCUUCCACAACCCCCACGUGAAUGCUCUCCCAGAUGGCUAUGAAGAUGAACAUUAAUGCCUAUUGUAAAGUUGUACCAUAGUCCACCACUAUCAUUUAGUGAUAUAAUGUCUGUCAUGACCAACAUACAUGUAUAUACCGGCUAAUAAAUAUAUUAAUCAGUAAUAUCUGAGCCAGGCUUUUUGUAUAUUGACAUGAAAUAAAUUUGAUGUCGGA